AUGGGUCAGGAACCGGAGGGCUGCGUGCAGGUCGACGAGGAGACGCUGUUUGCGUCGUUCUCGCUCCCGCUGACGCUGCAGGCGGACGAACGCAGAGAGGCGAAUGGCCUCCGGCACGGAGACUUCCUGCGCUACCGACGCUAUUGCACCGCGCGCCUCGAUCGCCUGCGCGCGAGCUUGGACCUCCGACAGGGACGUCACCGCUACCAGGCCAAAAAACUCCCCCUGAUCAUCCGCGAUGAACGAGUCCUCCUCCUUGUCCAGGCGCAGGCAGAGCGCGCUUGGAGCUACGGCAUGCAGCUGAAAGGCGAAAACGCUGCUGCCGCUGUAUCGAAUCCGCGUGUGCGGGCGCACGCGAUUCGUCGUCUGUCGAAGGCGCUGUUACACGCGGAGUUGCUGGAGGCGCUGUGCAACAGUCAGACGCCUGCGCUCUUUGCGCCUCCGCUCCCCUGCGCAGAGAAGUCAGGCAAGGCGUGCGCGGCUGCGAAGAAGGAGGGCGACGCUGCGCCGGCGAAUAAGAAGGAAGAGAUUCGGCACGGUCUGCUGGCGCGGCCGCACGCGCUGACGCAGGAGGAGAUCGCGAGUUACUUCGCCUCGCUGCCCUGUGAGCUAGUGCCACUCUGCGACGAGAAAACCAAGAUCGAGGCGCGCGCGUACCGCCUGAGCAUGCGCGCGGCGCUGCUGCAGGAACAGGAGCGCUGGGAUCAGGCCGCAGAGACGCUUCAGGAGCUGCAGCAGGCCUAUGCGCACCUGAAGCGCGUCUCCUCCACGCAGGACAAAGAACAAGCUCUCUUCAAAAAACUCCUCAACGAGGUCGAGCCUCAACUCCGCCUCUGCGCCUUCCACGCCGGCGGCGUCGCCUCCUUCGCGCGAGCGGCGGCCGCAGCCUCAGUCUCAGCCUCUGGCGGCGGCGGCGCAGCUGCUGCAGCCGCAGGCGGCGGGGCGUGGAUGGCGCGCGCAGCGAAGGCCGCGCGGAGCGAGGGGCCUUCUCUCGCAGUCUGGCGCGGCGAAGAGAUCUGCGUGAGCGCGGAUCGGCCGCGCGCAGGCAUCCUCGGCGCGACGGCGCUGCUGGAGAGCACUCACUUCCUCAGCAACGCAGAAGUCGAGGCGCUCGCAAAGGGCGGAAAACCCGCCGCCGACGUCGAGGACAAACUGCAGAAACUCUCGCCCGACGACGAGGAUCGACUCGUCGCAAAGUACGGAGAGCUGAGCAAUCGUUUCCGCCUCUGUGUCGACUUGAUCCACGCGGAAAUGCUGAGGCAGCCGGACGCGCCCUCGUGGCUCGUUGCGGAAGGUUUUUGUCUCGACGUCUCGCGCUGCUUGGAAGUCGAGCGCGACGUCCUGUUGCUCCUUCGCUUCUUCUUUGGGCUGCGGCGAAGCAACGAAAAGUCUCAGACCGCGGGGGGCUCGCGGCGCGCGCACGCCUCCCGAGGCGACGUCGGCGCCCGCUACGCGUCGCUGCUGCAGCAGGGCGUGGGGAAGAUGAUGGAAGAAGAGAAUCUCGACGAGGCGCGGCGGCAGCGCAUGCAACAGUGGACGCGAUCGGCCAAGGACAGCAGGGCGCUCUGUCUCGCCGUCUUUGACGCCUCAAUAGGAAAGGUUGCGGAGGCAUACGUGCUUUCCGCGGCCGUCGCUUCGCGGACCAAGCCUUUGGCGCCUCAUUCUCAGCUCGCGUCGCUGGACGACCCUCAGGGCCGCCUCGACGUUUUCUUCGUUGCACUCGAGCGGGUCGUGGCGCAGCUUGCGCAUCGCUUCGAGGCGCGUUAUCUCGCGGCGCUCGUCAGGGAAGACCUGAAGGCGUCGGGCGCCGAGACAGUGGAGACGGCCUCCGCGCUCGCGGUGCCUGCGUUCCCUGUAGCUACGCUGCGCAGAGAGAAGGUCGCAGACGCCCAGACGGCAUCUGCGAAGAAGCUGAGCGCGCACAGCGAGAUGAUCGCUGCGGCGACGCACUACGUCUUGCCUCGACUGGAGCCUGUGCCCUGCAAACCGCUGUUGUUUGACCUGGCGAUCACGGCGUAUGGUCCCCCCGAUCUGAAGGCGCGGAGUGAAGGCACCGGCAGCAAGCGCGCAGCUCUGCGCGGCUUCGUGAAGUCCCUGUUUGGCAGGUAG